UCUUAAUGUAAAUUGACAUUUACCAAGUGCGCAAGCUCCAAACUCCCCAAAUUCGAUAAAAAAUCCCCAUCAAAAUGGCCGCCGAAAUGUUUUUAUUUACAUUUACCAUAAACAGUUUUAAAUAGACCGUGUUAAAAUGGUGAAUCGAAUAGCAAACGCUUCGGAAAGUGGCCCAAUAUUGUGAUAAAAUUAGGAAAAAUGUUUCCUUUUUUAAUUAAAAGUCUACUUUUGUCGAUUGUAGUCGGUGCCAACGACACUCUUUGUCCUACAAAAUGUGUGUGCAAAAGGGUGAAUCAACGCGACGAGUUGAAACUACGUUGUGGCGAACCUGAUAAUAAAAUUCUUAGUUUUGAAGAAAUUGAUUUGCUUAACAUUGCCAACGAUAUUGUUCAAUUCAAUCUGUCCAAUAAUCUGCUGGAUACCUUCUUCCCGAAAGUACAAUUAAUUGCUCUACAAAAACUCGAUUUAAGUAAAAACAGGUUAACCGAAUUGCAAGAUAACCAGUUUGCAGAAUUACCCAAUUUAAGAAGACUAGACAUAUCAGGAAAUAACAUAAAAAGUAUACAGUUGCUGGCUUUUGCAAAACUUGGAAGUUUAGAACGGCUUAAAUUGAACCAGAAUCAGAUUAGUACUAUUGCUUUAGGGACGUUUAAUCCACUCGUAAGCUUGAAACAAUUAGACAUAUCAAACAACCCUUUAACAUGCGACUGCAGCCUUUUAUGGCUUCUCGACUGGAGUCAAAAAGAAUCCGUAAAACUUCUUUCAAACCCCACUUGCAACACCCCACCAUCAUUCAAAAACCUUCCACUUCGUAAAUUAAAAAUCGGCGUUGACAUCCACUGCAAAUCGAAAGCUCUCAGCAAAGGUUUCCCUAUAAUCGAAAUGAAACCAUCCGUCAAUCAAGUCGUUUUCGAAGGCGACCCUUUGAAACUCCAAUGCACAGCUCCUAGCAUAUCCGACACAUACGACUCACCUCUAAGUUCGAAAAUCGAAUGGACUUGGCUAGAUUCCGAUCCGAAAUUAUAUUUCUCAGACAUAACAAUUGAAAACCAUUUUUUACAAAGCACCGGAUUGGUCGUUAGCACUUUACAAAUCGCGAAAUUGAAGCGAAACCAUACAGGAAUUUGGACUUGUUUAUUGCUUUCGAUGCAGGGGAAUCACUCGAAAGGGAUCACAAUAGUGGUGAUUUCAGACGAGACUGAAUAUUGCCCAAUUACUGUGACCUCGAACAAUAAAGGGACGUAUACGUGGCCUCGAACUGUUGUUAAUUACACGGCGACAGUUCCGUGUGAAUCCCCGAAUUUGAGUUACGAUGUUUCGUUACAUAAAGCUUCGUAUUUUUGUUCGGUGGAGGGCCAGUGGGAGAAUUUAAACACUUCGGCUUGUUCGUAUACGUCCGAGACGACGAAAAUACUCGAACAGUUUUCCAAAGUCAAUUCGAGUAUUGUGGAGAGUGCUAAACAUUUCAAGAAUUAUACGUCGGUGGCAGAGCAUUUUAAGGAUGAAAUGGAUAUUGUUUUUGCUGUUGAAACGAUGGAGAAUUAUUUGAGGUAUUUGACGGUUAAUCAGAUCGGAGGGGUGCUUAUGGAUGUGACGAAUAAUUUGUUGAAUUUACCGAAGGAGUAUCUCAGAUGGGCUGAUUAUCGAUAUGGGAGUUGCAGGAAGUUGGUUAAUAUCAGUGAGAAAUUGGCAGGGAUUAGCACGACGGCAUUGUUACAUAAGUCCAACAUGGCUACGGAAAUAUUUCCCGUCAAAAGAAACGGCUUUUCAAGCCUAAAAUGCACUUGGUACACAGACAUCCAAAAGGAAACAGAACGCCUGUUCUAUUGCGUCACAAACAGCAACAGCGACACGACCGAACUUCCCGGAAAAACAAUUGAAGCUUCCAUCACCAUCCCAGAAACACUCUUCGAACAACUCGAGGAUCAAAACUACGACCUCUCCGACAAAAUCUAUAACAUACUCAUAUCAGUAUACUCGUCAAACAAAUUCUUCCCUAUUGAUGAAAAACGCGAAAAUCAAGUUGAUGUGACAUCGCCGGUAGUUGGCGCGAAAUUGGGCAACGAAUUUACACAUUUCGUCGUAACGAAUUUAACCGACCCGAUUUUCGUCAUGUUGAAAAUACCAUCGGAAGAAGGUGUUCUAACACCGGUCUGGUGGGAUAAUGGUACUUGGUCACCCGAUAGUUGUCACUUUAGUCACAAUUAUCAAGACCAUGUGGUUUUUUACUGUCACAAUUUCGGUUAUUAUGGACUUUUGCAAGACGUUUCGAACUUGCAGAAUUCGAUCAUCGGUGCCAAAUUUAAAUUUUCGCAUCCGGCGAUUUAUGUCGGAUGUUUCGUACUAUUCACUUCACUUCUUGUCGUUAUUGUAAUUUAUUUGUUUGCUUACGCAUCGAUUCAAAUGCCGAAAAAAGCCAAACACUCGCUGAUCAAUUUAUGGAUUUCGGUGUGUUUGCUAUGUUUUUUGUACAUUUUUGGCAUUUACCAAACGGAGGACGUACGAGUUUGCCAAAUCGUCGGUUUGUGUCUCCACUACUUGACACUGUCUUCGUUACUUUGGAUGUGCGUCGGUGUCAAUUGCAUGUACAAAAGGCUGAGUAAAAACGACGUUUUAGAGCUGCAAGACGACGAAUUAGUAUCGGAACCUCCAGUCAAAAAAUCCAUUAUCGGUCUCUACUUUAUCGGCUGGGGUGUGGCACUUAUAGUGUGCGGUAUCUCGGCAGCGAUAAAUAUUAAGGAUUACGCAUCGCCUACUUAUUGUUUUCUACGGAGCGGUCCGCCACUCAGCGCUCUCUAUAUACCAUUCACGAUCCUUUUCCUCUUCCUGUGCAUCUACUUCCUGUUGAUUCGUUGCGCCAUCUAUGGACUUGACGCGAACGGACAUCUCAGUGAAGGGACCCAAGCCACGGAAAACGUCGACUUGGAUUUACUAGAGCCGAAUUUUCCCGAAACACGAAGUGUGGUAAGCGAAUCGAGUUCGAGCGAAGUCGAGGAUCCCGAACAUGCGCCUUCGGUCCAACUCAAAUCGUACAUAAUUUUUUUAUUUUUGUAUAUGUUCACGUGGGUUUGUUGCGCGUUCGCAACCGUCGAACCGGCGUUCAUUUCGUACCAAAACGAUGUUUUUAGUGUUAGUUUUGCCAUUCUUGCGUUUGUUUUAAGUGUGUUUACUGUGUUUUUCUACUGCAUUGCACGGAGUGAUGUUCGAGGGUUGUGGGUACAGUUGAGGCGGAAACAGUUGUGUUUCCGCAGUCGUAAUGUUUCCGACACUGUUCAAAAUCUCCCGAAUUCAGUCGAGAUUGUUUCAAGGUCGAGUAGUCGGUCCUCAAGUCGCACUAAAUCGAGUAAUUUGAAAGCAGCGGUUGAUUUAAAUGGGUAUAGUAGCGACGGGGCGAAAAUAAACAACGUCAAUUUGAUUGUCUUACACCGACAACAAUACCGAACAACUAUACCGAACAUUAUCGAGAACCCGACGAGUGCGGCCGAAGUGUUUUACAAUCCGCAUCAGAGUAUCGUGGCGAGGAAGUUUUUCCGGCGCCAAAAGCGCCACAUGAUGAAGCGGAAUAAUCUGGUACCGAGUGUGAAAAAAGACAAUUCGAGUAACGACCAGAGUAUUUACGGGACGAAUUCGAAAGUCAACAAUACAAACAUUCACGUGGAACGGGUGCGCAAGAAACAGAAAAAUCCGAAUUUGUUUUCGGAUAGCGGAGAUGAGUGUGAGAUUGUUUUAAAAAAGGCGCGUAAAAGUAAAACACAGUCGGAGAAUAACAUGAGAUCGGUUUCGCAACAGUGCACUUUGGAGUACAGCUCUGAGAAUAUUUCCGAUUCGAUUUUGGACAAAACAAGUCCGGAUAAAGAGUGCGAGAAAAACGAUAAAGUUCCUACGAUUUACGUGAACCCGUCACAUGAUCUCACCGUGCGGAAACGAGUACAAAGUAGAGCUAGUAGUGUGUCUGUGAGUGAUUUGGACGAGUUGUAUCAACAGAUUAGGAGGGGUCCAAUUGUAAAUAGUUUCAACGUGACUAGAAAUAGUCCGUGUUUUUCAGAUUCCGAUAUUACCGACCAGUAUCAUAGAGAACAGACGUACCUCAGCGACAAUGUCGAAACAACCGUUUGAGAUUAAUUGAGAUUAUUUUUACUUAUCGCUGACCUAUCGUAUUCAAUGUUUGUGCUGUUGUUGCCGAAAAUACGUAAUAGCGGCAGGUAUUGCAGGUUUCUUUAUUGCCGUGAAAUGCUCAAUAUUUAGUUUCUCGUAUUAGCUAGGUAAAGAUAUAUUUUUUGUAUGCGAUUUAUGGAAUAUUAUACAUCGAAAUGUGCAUUAUUAGUACAAUUAAGAAUUAUUUAUUUGCUGAACGUGUGCACUGUUUCAAUUUUAGAAUAGAACUGAUUUAUGUCGACGAAAUACCUACCUGUGAUAUAUUUAUAUUGAAAAAAUACCACAACCUAAUUAUUUCUGUUUGGUAGUGACACAGAAUGUUUUUAAAUCAGUUUUACUUCUAGAAGACCUAUUACAUGUGAAGCUUUUGUAAAUUAUUUUUAAAAAGCAUGUAUUUGAAAUUAUGAUGUCAUUUGAUGUUGAUGCAAAGGCAGUCUGUUGUAAGUAUUAAAAAAAAGAGUACAAUUAUGUACAAUAUUAUAAAGACUGUUAGCUAUUAAAAGAAUAUACAAAAUGCUAAAAGUAAAUACUGAUUGUUAAUAUUUAUGAAUUCAUUGUGUAAAAUAUUGUAUUCGAAAACUUAAGAAGUAAGCAUACAAUAAUUGCGUAAA